AGGUAUGGCAUUGGUAGCCGGCUGCCGAGGGGAUGCGUCCUCCUCCAGGUGAGGGAUGCUGCGGGGGAGUGAGGUAGAGAUGACCGAUGCAAGUAACGGCAGAUCUCUGCUCUACUGGAUCGCUCCCCUGGUGACAGGGCCGGGGAUGGAGGAUCCUUGCGGGAACGGCAGCGGGAACUGCUCGUCCGGCUCUCUGGCCGCCUCCUCCCCCGCCGCAGAGGGCACCAUCCCCCGGUACGUGGGGCUCCUGCUCAUGCUGCUGCUGGACGUGGUGGCCGUGGCCGGGAAUGUGGCGGUGACUGCGGUCAUCCUGAAGACGCCGAGGCUCCGCAAAUUCCUCUUCGUGGUGCACCUGUGUAUCGUGGACACCCUGGCUGCCGUGACGGUGAUGCCGCUGGGCAUGGUGGGCAGCUGGGGACGGGUGGCGUUCGGUGAGUCCCUGUGCCAAGCCUACAUCUCCCUGGAGGUGUGCCUGAGCAGCGCCUCCAUCCUCACCGUGUCUGCCAUCAACAUCGAGCGCUACUACUACAUCGUGCACCCCAUGAGGUACGAGGUGAAGAUGACCUUGGGGCUGGCCAUCUCCGUGCUGGUCUUCAUCUGGUUCCAGGCAUGCCUGACCUCCACCGUGCCAUUCCUCAGCCACCAUGUAGGCAAUGGCAGCCUGGUCAAUGCCACCCGCUGCUCACUGCAGAGGAAUGCUGGAGGGCACAAGAAAGUCUUCGUCACCUUCUUUGUCUUGGUCUAUUUUGUCUUGCCCCUUGUCAUCAUAUUGACAGUAUACUGUAAUGUAUUCAAAGUGGCCAGGAUAGCUGCCAUGCAGCAUGGACCUCUACCCUCCUGGGCAGCCAGUCCUCGCCAGAGAUCCAACUCUACUGGCAGCCAAACCAACAUUGUGCCAGGGCACCGGUCUCACCGGGGAUCACCAGACAGGACAUUAGGGGGUGCCAAAGCAGCCUUCACCCUGAUGAUCAUAAGCGGACAGUUUAUCAUGUGCUGGUUCCCUUACUUUGUCUAUCACGUUCACAAUGCCCUAGGGAAUGGCUCCUAUAAAGGGUCAGCUGGCAGCAAGUGGGAGAACAUAGUCAAGUGGCUGGCCUACACCUCCUUCGCUGUGAACCCAUUCUUCUAUGGUUGUCUCAACAGGCAGAUCAGAAGCGAGCUGGCCAGGAUCCCAAAAUGUUUCCUAAAACAGUCCCUGGAUGAGCAGCUAGGCCUGUCCAGCCAUGAGGGGUCUGUAGAGGAGAACUUUCUCCAAUUUCUCCAAAGGACAAGCUGUGCGGUGGAGAGGAGGAACAGCUUCCCCACUUCUUCCACUUCUAGGCUGCUGGUCAAUCAGAGUACUUUGAGUUUCCGAAUCCCGGGGCAGAUUUUGGAAGAAACCCCUGAGUUGCUGGAACAUGACUCAAGUGAAAGGUUUAAGAGUCUGCAGAUGUGCCCCAGACAGGGGAACAGUAUAGGGGCUGCUAAGUGACCAUUCCUCCCAUACUAAACCUCGUGUUAGAUUCUUAUAUCAUGUAAAAUAUUCAAUGAUCUUGUCUUUUUGUAACUCCUGUAGGCAAAGUAAUGUCACCGAGAUGAUGACGGAAUUAGAUCUUCAAUGUUUACUGUAAAGGCACAAGCACUUUUUUGUAUUAAGUAGCGACGGUUGGCGGCAUAUGCCAUGGAUGCAGCCAUAGGUCUGUUUCCAGUGGAGUUUUGUUCUAAAUGCAUUUAAUGGCAAGUUUGGUAUUGUUUCCUGACCCUGACAUUCCGUAUGAUGACAUGUAUUUUUUACAUUUUAACUUGCAGGACUUUUGUGCGGUUGUUUGUAGAAUGCCUAUAGGCACUGAUGCUCCUUUGCAAGCCCUGAAUACAUAUUAAGCACAAAACAGCAAUAAAAAUUGCAACUCAAUAAAAUGUAUUUCAGUGUGAGCUGGAAA